GUUCAGGUUAAGUUUAUCAAGAAAAGCAAUCAGAAACUCGUCCAAAAAGUUUUAAAAUGGCCUCACAGUCACAAGGAAUUCAGCAGCUUUUAGCAGCGGAGAAAAAAGCAGCAGAAGUUGUCGCAGAAGCCAGAAAAAGCAAAACAAAAAAGCUGAAACAAGCCAAAGAGGAAGCAGCUGCAGACAUUGAGCAGUAUAGGAAUGAGUGUGAGGCAAAAUUCAGGGAAAAGCAUAGAAGUCAACAAGGCAAGGAUGAUUUCCAAGCAAGAAUCAUCAAUGAGACAUCAAAUAAACUUGACAGUAUGAGCAACAUGGUCAACCAGAACAAAAGUGAUGUAAUAAACAGAAUUUUGGAAUUAGUCUACGACAUCAAACCAGAAUUGCACCAGAAUUUCCAACCCUGAAAAGAUUUACUCUCACAUUUUAAAUUUUGAUUAUUUGGGACCAAGAAACAAUUAAAUUGAAAUAUUUAGCAAAAAUGUUAUAGUUAUUUAAUUUUUGUAUCUUUGAAUUACAAGAAGACAUUGAUUUCGUUAGAAGAA